GAGGAAUCGGACGCAGAGAUGACACAGAGCGCGCAACGGCGACGUCGUGCACCGGUAUCAGAAGAUAGCGAAGAGGACGAUGAGGAGCAGGUUGGUGAUAUGGAUGUGGACGGAGGGGAGAGCCAGGACCAAGUCGUGAAGAAGCUGGUUCGAUAUGCAUUGGCCUGUGAAUACCAAAGAUUGCCUAUCAAGAGAAGUGGAAUAUCAGAAAAAGUUCUUGCGAAACAACGAGUCCCUUUCAAACGGGUCUUCGAGCAAGCACAGACGCAGCUCAGAACUAAGUUUGGUAUGGAGAUGGUCGAAUUGCCUUUGAAAGAGAAGGUCACUAUGAGGGAUAAGAGAGCUGCGCAAAAGACAAAAGGAAGCUCGAAGUCUUCCGCAUCCUAUAUCCUGACUACGAUCCUCCCUACCAAGUACCGAAUUCCUGAAAUAAUACCUCCUUCUAUCAUUGGGAGCUCCGCAGAAGAAGCAGCUUAUACCGCGCUGUGCACAAUGAUUGUAUCAAUCAUAUCCCUGAGCCCAGGAAAAUCAAUCCCAGACUCGAAACUUGACCGAUAUCUAGGACGACUGAACGCGAACAGGAACAUGCCUAUGGAUAAGACGGAGAAUGUGUUGAAGAAGAUGGCAAACCAAGGCUACAUUACGAAGGUUAUGGACAAAUCGGGUGAUGAGGAAACUAUCGACUGGGUAGUGGGACCCCGAGGAAAAAUUGAAAUUGGUAACGCGGGAGUACAUGGUUUAGUUAAUGAAGUUUAUGGUGAGAGCGCACCUGAGGACCUCCAACAGAGAUUGAAGCGGAGUCUGGGGAUGAUCAAUGUGGAGGAUCUCGGGGAUGAUGAACAAGAAGAGGCAGAUGAAACACGGGAGGCAAAUGAUGGGUCGAGUACACAGAGACGACAACCUGGUAGGUUACGAUGA